CACUAUGGGAAAACUGAGACACCACGAAAGAAACUGAGGAGCCCAGAACAUCAAAGUGGUUUAACGGUUAGCCUAACCCUGAGUGUAAAGCCUAGUGAAUGUCAUGAUGGACUUGUUAGAAUCAUAGUAGGAAACGGUAGA